AUGCCGCCCACGCUUCUAGACGCCGCCCACGCUUCUAGACGCCGCCCACGCUUCCUUACAGCGCUCACGCUUCCGCCCGUCGCUCUCAUCCAUUCGCCCCCCUCCCUUCCGCGCGUCGCCCUCCCUUCCGCUAGUCGCUCUCCUUUCCGCAUGUCGCUCUCCGUUCCGCCCGUUGCCCUCCCUUCGUCUCGUCGCCCUCCCUCUCGCUCGUCCCCUCGCAAACCCCGUCUCUCAAUCUCCCCGUCGCCCUCGCUUUUCCGUGGGAGGCUCUCUCCCCGGCAUCUGCCCCCGUCCCUUCCAUCUUCUUCCCUAAUUCCCCGUAUUCCCUGCCCUGCUUCCCCCCAUCCUCUUCCCUGUUUCCCCGUAUCCCCCUCCCUGCUUCCCCCGAUCCUCUCCCUGUUUCCCUAUAUCCCCUGCCCUGCGUCCCCACAUCCUCUUCCCUACUUCCCCCCGUCUCCUUCCCUGCUUUCCCCCAUCCCCUUCCCUGCUCCCCCCCAUUCUCUUCGUUCUUUCCCAAUAUCCCUAGCCCUCCCCCCAUCCCCUUUUCUGCUUCCCCCCCUCCUCGACCCUCCUUCCCCCCCUCCACUUCCCUGCUUCCCCCCAUCCGCUUCCCUGCUUCCCCAUGUCCACUUCCCUGCUUCCUCCCAUCUUCUUCGUUCUUUCCCCGUAUCCCCUUCCUUGCUUCCCCUCAUCCCGUUCCCUGUUUCCCCCCAUCCCCUGCCCUGCUCCCCCCCAUCCCCUGCCUUCCUUCCCCUCAUCCCCUUCCCUGCUUCCCCCCAUUCCUUUCCCUGCUUCCCCUCAUCUCGUUCCCUGCUUCCCCCCAUUCCGUUCCCUACUUCCCCCCACCCCGUUCCCUUCUUCCCCUCAUCCCGUUCCCUGCUUCCCCCCAUAAUCUCCCUCUCCACGUGUCCUUCCUCUCCCUGGGAUGUUGUCCCUCCUCUCCCUGUCGCUGGCAGUUCCCCUUGUCGCUCGUAUGUCCCAUGCUCAACACCCUCGCUCGUUGUUAAAACGCCCGUCGCAAGUGAGGGCGCUGCACGUCGACCGACCGUUCUCGUUUCGUUCUGCCGCCAACUCUCAUUCCUUCCCACCCUCUCUCAUUCCUUUCCUCACUCUCUCGUUCCUUCCCACCCUCUCUCAUUCCUUUCCUCACUCUCUCAUUCCUUCCCACCCUCUCUCAUUCAUUUCCUCACUCUCUCAUUCCCUCCCACCCUCUCUCAUUCCUUUCCUCACUCUCUCAUUCCCUCCCACCCUCUCUCAUUCCUUUCCUCACUCUCUCAUUCCCUCCCACCCUCUCUCAUUCCUUUCCUCAUUCUCUCAUUCCCUCCCACCCUCUCUCAUUCCUUUCCUCACUCUCUCAUUCCCUCCCACCCUCUCUCAUUCCUUUCCUCACUCUCUCAUUCCCUCCCACCCUCUCUCAUUCCUUUCCUCACUCUCUCAUUCCUUCCCACCAUCCGCGUGCAGGUGUGUCGGAAGGUGCACGUGGUGCGGAGCAUGUUGGCACUGGGUUACGACGUGGUAAUCACUAGUAACGCCGUUCUCUUGCUGCGAAAGGCUGCCAAGCCUAGGGAGCUGCCAACUCGUGCGCCGUCGUCUUCAACGGCCAUCUCUACACGGUGCGCAGCAACGCGAGCAUGUGGAAGUUCUUCGCCAACUGGAUCCGACGGCACAAGACGACGAGCAUCUCUUUCUCGCACUCUCGCCCCUCCCUGCCGUAAUGCUAUCGCCUCUUGUGCCUGCCGCCUCCUGCCAACGCCUUCCCUCCCACCGCACCCACUCCACGUCUUUUUCUACAUGCGCCCAAUCCUUAUCGCUCUUCCACUCACUGUACUCUCUCUCUCUCCAUUCCCUCCCAUUUGCCCCCCCUCUUCCGCGAGGCGGCCCACCAAAGCACCAUAA